UAAAGAAAAAUGGGCAAAGCCCGACCCAUUGAAUGUUUGUCGGAGAAUGGACGAAGACUCUCAGAGUUGCAGAGGAAAAAGAAAAAGAUUAUGAUUUUCCAAUUCAAACCAAGGUUUUACUAGGGUUUUACCACUCUCUCUCUUGAACGGGAAAACGGAAAAUCAAUCAGUCCUUGAAAAACCGAAAUGAGUAAGAUGUUGAGAGUGGGUUCCCUGAAAAACGCCGUAACAACUCUUAGAUAUCUCCAGGAAUCCUCCUUCUCAACUGCCGUUAUCCGCCAGCAUUCUUCUUCAGCUCCGCCUUUCGCCACCACCGUUCGCCAUCUUCGUACCGGCCGCGACCCUAGCUUCAGGUACGAGACUUCUCCUCCUGUAAACUGGGGCAUCCGCAUCGUACCGGAGAAGAAAGCCUACGUGAUAGAAAGAUUCGGAAAAUACUUGAAAACGCUGCCGUCUGGGAUACAUUUCCUAAUCCCAUUGGUGGAUCGAAUUGCCUAUGUUCACUCCCUCAAGGAAGAAGCCAUUCCUAUCCCGGACCAAUCCGCUAUUACCAAAGACAAUGUCAGCAUUCUCAUCGAUGGCGUUCUUUAUGUCAAGAUUGUGGACCCCAAACUUGCCUCCUAUGGCGUGGAGAACCCAAUCUAUGCUGUCAUUCAGCUUGCUCAAACUACCAUGCGUAGCGAGCUUGGUAAAAUUACUCUCGACAAGACCUUCGAAGAGAGGGACACUCUCAACGAAAAGAUUGUGGAGGCCAUCAAUGUGGCCGCAAAAGACUGGGGCCUGCAAUGUCUCCGUUAUGAGAUAAGGGAUAUCUCUCCACCCCGUGGAGUAAGGGCAGCUAUGGAGAUGCAAGCAGAAGCAGAGCGUAAAAAGAGAGCUCAAGUUCUUGAAUCUGAAGGAGAACGACAGUCGAAUAUAAAUAUUGCUGAUGGUAGGAAAAGUGCUGUGAUCUUAGCAUCUGAAGCUGCAAGAAUGGAUCAGGUUAACCGAGCACAGGGUGAGGCAGAAGCAAUCCUUGCUAGAGCACAAGCUACUGCUAAAGGAAUUGCCUUGGUGUCGCAGUCAUUGAAGGAAAAUGGGGGAGUGGAGGCUGCAAGUUUGAGGAUUGCAGAGCAGUACAUUCAAGCCUUCAGCAAUAUUGCCAAGGAGGGUACAACAAUGUUACUUCCUAGUUCAGCUGCAAACCCUGCCAAUAUGAUUGCCCAAGCUCUCACCAUGUACAAAAGCCUGGUGAGCAAUUCUUCAACUGGUGAUUCUCAUGUAAACAAUUCUCUUGAGCUAUCCAGAAGCACAAAGCAUGCUCCUCCUGGAGAGACUGAAGGCGAAAUCCCUAACCCCAGAGCUGUGGAAGCAAGGGACACAAAUCAUGUUGGUGAAGUAGGAUUUUCACUUCAGAGCUCCAAGAAGAAAGAAUAGAAGUGAUUUUACCCAAAUUCCCAUUGCCUGAAAACCAGAUUUUGUUUCUGGGGUUCUUGUACGGGCACAUCUUUGGUAGUAGUUAAAAGGUUCUGAAAAUUACCAAAAGGAAGGCAAGGAUUUAAGGGAAUUUUUAGAAUUUGAUGAAAGGAUGCUCAUUCAUUUGCCAAGUGUUUAGAAUUGCCAUGUUAUGUAGGACGGAUAUAGUUAUCUUUGAUUGUCUCAAGAAUCCAACUAAAGGUUAAAAAGUUUUCAGGAACGGAACACCUGUGUUGCCCAAGUGAAAAAACUUCAUCCUACACUCUACCUAUACCCUAAAUAAAGUAAAACUUCUUUUUUUCUUUA